AAUUGUUUUGCUGCUUUUUAUGUUGUUAUUGUUACUUUGUUGUUUUUUGUGUCAACAUGUCAAAAUUAGUAAUUGUGCCGUUUAAUCAAAUCACAUAACAAACGGAAACAGUUGUCGCCCGUGCAGUUGUGCCACGGAAACGGAAAUGUGUUUCCUCUAGACACACACACACACACACACACAGCCACAGUGAAGAAUAUUCGCAGCUUCCAAUGUGCGCUUAAUGCAAUCAAAUCCAGCAAGUUGUCAACAUGGCCAGCCAAUGCUCAGCCGAGCAGCUACAGAAGAUACUUUGGACAUUCUUGCAGUACGAUCUGCGUGGCGAUGGCAAACUGGAGCUCAGCCAGCUGGGCGACUGUCUGCGCGUGCUCGAGCGUAAUCCCAGCGAGGCGAGCAUACGUCAGCAUAUUCAGAAGCUGCGCGCCAGCAAUGCCGCAAUAGCUCGCAUCUCCUUCGAUGAGUUUCUGCCCAUUUUGGAGAGCUAUCCAGCAAUUGCAGCCACAUCGACGGAUGAGGCGGCGCAAUUUAUCGACAGCCUGCGCAUGUUUGAUGAGCAGGGAACUGGUUAUUUGCCAGCGGGUAAACUACGACGUAUACUGGCCAGCUGUGGUGAGCCGCUCAGCAAGCAUGAGCUGGACGAGCUGCUCAGCAAUCGCAUCAAUGCGCAGGGUCUGGUCAACUAUGUGGAACUUAUACACGCAAUUAUAAAAAGCUAAAAAAGAAAUACAAAAGCCGCGAACCGAUUCACAAUCUACACUACACACUACACUCCGCUACACAUCACACGUUUCGUUACAAUUUGUGCAAUAAACAACAUGUAGCAACAUA